GAAAGUCUAAGCCUAGAACUAGUAACUAUAUACUAUAGAUCUAGAGAUAGAAAUCUAAUCAGAUUAGAUCUAGAUAGAUCAUACUUCAUAGUAUCAUAGAUAUAAUGUAGAGUCUAGUCUAGAGGUCUAUAGCUCUAUCUAGAUUCUAUAGAGUCUAGAGAUGCAGAAAAUGAAACUCUACUGAGGACAUUUUUACUUAAUUAGAAAGCAAGGACAGAGAUUUUUAUACAAUGUUUAAGUUGGAGUCUUACAUUACGCCACUCUUGAUGGGCUACCUUGAUAAAUAUGUCAAGCUACGCCAAGAAGAUUUCCAGCUCAGUCUUUGGGGAGGCGAUGCUGUCCUCAAUAAUCUGGACUUACGUUUGGAUGAACUAGAAAAGGUGUUGCAGUUACCAGUCAUGUUUCAGAGUGGUCACAUCCAUGAGUUGAGGUUACAUGUACCUUGGACUAAACUAGGAUCUGAACCUGUAGUCAUUACCAUAAACACCGUAGAAUGCAUUCUAAAGGUGAGAGACACUGCAUAUGAUGGUGUCUCCAGGUCACCAUUGAAAUCCUCUCAGGGAAAGUCACCCCAAGCAAAAAGCAAGAGGCGGAGCCAACCAACAGAAGACCUGCCCCCUGGUUACUUACAAAGCAUUGUCAACAGGAUCAUAAACAAUGUAACAUUUAUCAUCAACAACCUGAUCCUGAAGUUUGUUGAGGAUGAUAUAGUUCUCUCUGUCAAUGUCAAGUCUGCUGAAUGUUAUAGCGUGGAUAAGGAAUGGAACAGUGCCUUUGUUGACUUGACUUCUGAUGACCUGGCUCUCAGGAAAGUUGUCAAUUUUGCUGACUUGACAGUCUGUCUGGAUAAAACCAACGCAAGCGGCCACAUUGAAAGCUAUCAGGAGCCCAUGGCUUACCGCUGUGCUGUCAGCUGCAGGCUUGUCAUGGAGUAUGACUCUGUUUCCUCAAAGCUACCAAGUGUCACCAGAUUCAACGUGUUCUGUGAUACUUUAAAUCUUUCACUGACUGACACCCAGCUACCUAUGUUCAUACGUUUCAUAGAGUUGUGCAUAGCCAUGUACUAUGGGUCACUAGAUUUCCCAACAUCCACUGCAGGAAGCACAACCGAGGACAGCUCUUCUGUGGAUCAGACAGUUUUGGAUAUAGAACCAAAAUAUGAUGAUAAACUUGAACAGACUUCUGACCAGGGCUGGGCAUCUUGGGCCUGGUCCUAUGUGCCACAAAUUCUUCCCACAGAAGAUGAAGACAUGGAAGGUGGUGAAGAGCAGCAAGGCAACAAAGGGAGGCCAUCUCCUCUAAUUUUAUGUAUCGGCAUUUACAUUCAUCAUGGAACUAUUGUUUUUAAGCUCACAGAGAAGUCUAAAGACAGUUCUGAGCUCCCCCACAGGAAGAUGCACUUUCAGCCUUUUCUGAGACUCAGUAUUGAUGGUGUUGGAGUGGAGGUGCUUCUACAGGGUCUCCUUUUCUGCAGCAUCCAGUGUGGUCUGACUUCAUUGAAGCUAACUACCUGUGGCAACUGUAUUUGUGAUGUGGCAGAUGAGAAGAUAGCCAGGUGUAAUACAUUGUUGAGUGGAGGGGAGGAACUCAGCAACAAGAUUGGACUCAACUACAUCUCCAACUCUCUCUUUGAUGAUGUGCCCAGGGACACUAGGCAUUACAUAGUGGACUCAGACGAGCACAGGCAGGUUUACACUGAGCAGUAUGCCUUGCAGAGAUUUGGUGCAUUCUGGGUAGACAAUCUGUACUCAUUAGAAAACAAUGACAUCAGACACGGAGCCAGCAGCCAUUCGUCUGAGACAGACAACUCUGACACUGUCUUCCUCAAGGAGUUCUCUACACUGAGGUUUGUGUUUGGCCACACCCAUCUAAACGUUUCCUCCACACUGUACCAUCGUGUGUCCAAAUUUAUCCACUGUGCCACUAAUCAUCAGUACCAGCCAUAUGGCAGCUCAAAACAAGUGGCAACAACUCCAGAGGAGCGUCCCAAGCCAUCAGAGGACCAAGUGAAGUCACUGGAAGAGUUCAUUCCCACGACUCUGCUUCACAUGAUGUUUAUCAACCCCACUGUCACCAUUUUACAGGCUGAGCAUUCCUACUGUGACGUUGCUAAGAAGAACUACAAGUAUCGUCAAAAGAAAAGGGAUGCCAAGGGCACAGAAGAAGGUCAUCCUAACCCUCCCAUUCCUGCCAUAGUGCUCUCCACCAGCAGGUUUGACCUUCAGAUCACUAAGCCUAUGUAUCCCGGUCGACUAGUCAAAUUGGUAACUGCCAUUGCUGGGCCAUCCAGCAACCUGCUCCAUCAUUGUCACUCUCAUCUGCAGGUCAAGUUGUUUAGUUUUCAAGCUGGGUUGCAAAGGGCUAAAGUGGAUGGAACUGUUUCAGGAACAUUAACAAUUCUUUCCCCUUGCAGUUUUGCACUGUACUUAAGAUCUCUUGUGCUUCCUAAACUCUGGAUGAACUCCUCAUUGCCUGUUAAAGAAUGGAUGUAUGAAGUACCCAAUGCUUCAGUCAAUAUAAACAAAGCCAGUGUUCUGAUGUGCUGUAGGAUUGUCUCCACCUGGUUGUCUUCCAUGUAUCCACAGGGAUAUGAUCCAGUCUUGAAUGAUUCCCUUCUGGAUGAUCUCUUCCCCCCGUCUGGUGAAUCGUCUCAUCAAAGUUAUCCUCUUCUUGAAAUUGGACUGAGUGGGCUUGAGUUCAAGUCCUGUAACAGCCCAUUGGUCAGUGCGUGUGUGGGCAGUCUGUCACUGCUUCAUGUCUUCCUCUACAGUCCAGGCAUUGCAGGUAAAAUGUCAGUAAUUCCCAUCUUAUAUGGUCCCAACGAUACCUCUAAGAUCUGCAACCCAGAGCUCUUCAAGCAGCCUGUGCUGGACAAGUCAGAGUUACAUUGUGACUGUAUUACUGCUACAUUUCAGAAACCAAAGCACACAGGAGUCAGUGAAGCUCAAGCUCUGGCCCUUGUAGACUGUCAGGGCCUAUGUUUCUGGCUGGACCCUGGCCUGAUCUCAUGGUUCCACUACUGCCCUCAACCUAGGCCUGGGCACAAGACAGAACAAAUUGCAGUCACCCUUGACCUCUCACUUGCUCAGAUGACCUCUCCUCUGAAUGCCGUCUCUCAAGCCUCAGUACACUCCACCAGCUCCCCUUCACAUCCAGGUAUAAGCCGCCAGCAGACAUCCACCUCCCAGCCGCCACAAGGAAGGUCAUCAUCCACCACAGAAGAAAAAGACAAGGAACCAAAAGAGCCAGAGAAAAAGACAUUGGGCCAGACCCUGGCUCAGUAUUUCCCUCUCCUUAGAAUGUUUCAUGUCCAGAUGGAGCUGAAACCAUGUGCCAUAUUCUUGCCCAAAACUGGUGUCCCCAACACUGAGUCCAGUUCAGACAUCCUGACCAUUGUCCAUCAGGCACGCCAUGCUGGGAGACUGUCUGACACUCUGGUCAUCUGUCUGCCUUCAAUCACAGUGACCAGCACUAUGACAAAACCAAUGAAUGUCAUCCAAGAUGUGCCUGUUAGAUCCAUUCAAGGUUCACUCAUAGGUGAAAAGUUACCUUGGUCUGUCAAAGUUAGCAACUUCUGCAUUUAUUCCUUAAUGUCUGGUCGGAGUGAUCCACUAUUUUUAGUACACCCUGUGGAUGUCAUGUCUACAUUGGCAGUUACCUGCAAAUACAAUCCCCCAACAUCUGAGGUUAUUAGCACCAUGGCGCUGUGCCUUCAUGUGGAUGUAGGCCAGCCCAAACUGGACAUAACUGCUGCUCAGCUACACUUGUGUGCCACUGUAUCAGAAAUGCUUCAGAAUGUGGUCAGUAAUACCAUCAAGAUGACCAAAGACUGCACUAGGCAGUUUGUACCAAACAAGGACAAGACCUUGUUGACCCCAUCCUUUAGCCACAAGAAGUCAGUUUCAUCGACACAGAGAAUUGAGAGCAUCAAAUCAGUUGAUGUGACUGAGCAUGUGACCACAGACAUCUCCGAGGAUUUCUCUCAUGAAGGCAGUCCACUUCAUGAGAACAUUAUUGAUGACCAUGAGGAGGCUGGGGUCAAGCUAACCCUAUGGCUGCAGCUGAUGUUUCCCAGACUGCAGUUUACUUUGUAUGGCUUAUGUCCAUUUACACAGUUGGAGAGUGGAUUGUCUGUUUUUAUGGAUCACUUUGACCUCUCCAUGGAUUCUCAAAGUGUUUACAGCAAAGCAAAGGUGACUCUGGGGUCAAUCAGCAUCCAGCAUGCUGUGAAAAGUGGAGGAACUUGGUGCUGGACUGAUCCAGACGGUAUAGUCUUGUCCUUCUCCCAUCAUCUGCCUUCCAAUUUGCACCUGGCCACCAACAAGACCUGGAUAAGUGAAGCCAGUUCCCUAAAGCAAGCCCUGCACCCUGAAAACUCCUCAUCCAGGGGAGACAAAAAGCAUGGGGUCCUCUCAGUCACCUUCACCCGUGCACUCUGCAAAAAUGUCAAGAAACGCCUGAGGAGGGCCAACAUUGAGCUGCCCCCUGUGAAUGAACUGGAAUCGCCCAUGGGGCUUACCAGUGAUGGAGAAUACCAGAGUUGUAAUAAGCUUGAAUCCAUGGAAAUGUAUUACCACCAAUACUUGUCAGAGUUUUGUGUGAAGUCAGAGCCUUUUGACAUCAUUCUCAGACCGGAGGUCAUCCUGCUCAUCACUGGGCUGCUCAAUGGGAUGGUGAAGGGAGAAAAGAAAAAACUUGUCCAUCCACCGUCUGUCAAACUAGAACUCCCGGUACAGUCAAAUUCAAAUGUUGCAGAGUCAACCAGUGUCCACAACUUACCUUUAAUUUAUGCAGACCUUGGAAAAAUAAGACUUUUCUUACUCAAAUCUGACCAUGAUCACACUAAGGAUAUGUACAAAGCAUCACAAAAUGUAGGAUCUGAAGAUGGCAGUUCUGCAUGGGCUGCACACAGUAUAGAUUCUAAAAACCCUCAGGAUAAAGUCUCAGCUUGUGAGGAGACACAUGGAGCUGAAUGUAAACCUGCCAGUAAUAUCUGCUGCGCUAUGAAUCAUGAUUUUGUGGUUGCUCAGAUAAACAGCUGCUUGAUACAACCUCAUGCUGAAAACCCAUUACCCAGGACAGCACAGCAGAAAGAUGUAUUCAUGUACGCUGUCCAAGCUGGGUGGACACAUCAACCUGGCUCUGUAAUAGAAGAUAGACAGUACCAAAUGGAUGUCAGAGGAAUUUCCUUCUCUUCCGGAGUGUGGCAAGAGCUGAUUUAUGAAAUGCGUCAAGCAGCGCUCAGGAAGCCUUCUACCAACUCAAUGGUUCAGAUCCCGGCCUUGGACUGGAACACUUUCUUAAUGGACAGUCCAUCGCAUGAAAGAAAAGAGAUCCAGCUCCUUCCAUUUUCAACUCCAUUUGACUUUAGCCUAGUGGUGGCACCUCCUAUAUCCUAUAUACCACAAGGAGAUGAAUCUGACUUAAAUAAAAAGGCUUGGCUUAUCUGUGGCCUGUCAACUGAGCUCAACUUAACAUCUGAUCUAGAUUUGUAUAUCAGUACCAGCCAAGUAAAACUUAUCAGUGAUAUUGCUGGCCAGAUUUCUCUCUGCUUUGUUCCCAAACAAGAUUCCAUAGCUGCACAUCCAACCUUGCCACCAGGUAUUACAUCUUCUCCUCUCUUGGUGCACAGCAGCAAGAAGGAGCCUCUUUUAGGUGGUGGAGGCUUUGACAGUGGUGUCGAGAGUGACCUGUCCACUUUGACCUUUGACAAGGGUGCUCAACGACUAGGUGGCCUGCGCCAGAUUUCACAACCAGUGUCUGUGAGGACAGAUGAGCAGAAGUUAUCAGGUCUUACUAAAGAUGAAAUGGGUGGCACUACUAAUAUGUUGUCUCUGUCAACUCCACUGGACAUUUUGGUGACGGCAAGCAGAAUAUCUUGCAGUGUUUACACAUACAAGAUUCUGGAAGAGAAGUUUACUUUAGAGAUGCCGGUGUUCACUGACAAUCAGCAGACUGAUUAUGGACCAGCAGGAGCCUUGGGGGCUACCAGAAAUAGAAAAGAGUACAAUGCCAAAGACAACUUGGAGGACAUAUUGAGUGGAAAGCCUAGAAGAUCUUCAAGCAGCAGCACAGAUAAAAAUGAUGAUGUGGAUACCAACAACUUUGACCCUGGUGAUGAUGGGACCUUUAAUUUUAUGAAAUCCCAUGCAGAGGACAGUUUGAAAAGAAUUCUACCAAAGGGGAGUGUAUGUAUUGUGCCCUUCGUCUACCUGUAUGUCACGCAGCCCCACUGUCUUGUUUCCAGCCACAGUGAGAAGGAAGUAAAGAUUGAAGGAUCAUGUUAUGAUGUUCUAAUCAAAGGGUCUUCAGACAAGCAUAUCACUGCUGUUGAUGAACUGCACACUUUGCCUGAUUGCUCUGACUACAAUGUCCACUGGAUGGAGACCAGACCUGGUCAGGUCCACCCUUACACUGGCAUACCACCAUCCUUGCUGACCAUCAGAUUCUCCAUCCAGCCAUCAGUACCAGAUACUAUAAAUGUUCAGCUUGAUAGACCCUUACGCUUCAAACUGAGCCGGCUGGCUGUGGAGCAAACAAUUGCUUUCAUUCAACAAGUGACACAAAUGUUUGCAUCUGUGGAAACAAAUAAAGAGAGUUGGGAAAUAGGAAAUGAAGGAACAGAUAAGGAAGAGACACACAGCAAGAGACAACACAACACCAGCAAUGGUAUACUGACCAAGGUUGAGAGAGUGGAGGUCAGCACUUGUCAAAUUGUUCUAGUGUUUGAGAUGUCUGACACAGUGGGGGCAGUGGUGUCCAGUGAAGGGCUGGACCUGGAAGUUGAUUUGACUAGAGAAGGGACAGGUAACACACCUGUGUCAGGGCAUCUGCAGCUCAAAGACCUUGUGCUAAAGACAGCUUACCAGAAGAAAUGGCGGUCUUUGUUAGGUCCACUCACAGUUAGUGUAGAUGCAGGACUAUCAUGGAUACCUUCACCAGGAGACUUGUAUCUCCCACAGAUAUUUCUUGGCAUAGAGACAGGCGUGAUACUUGUGAGUUUUGGCCAAGAACAUUUGUUCAGUCUGACAGAACUUGUAAAGCAGUUGCAGGAUAUGAUGAAGAAUCUCAUGACUGAAAAAAAGCAGAAAGUUGUCAGUUCAAAGCAGAGCCAGGAGGCUGAGUCUCUCACUAAAGAUUUUGUACAAGACAGAACACAUGAUGACCUGAGGUGUGGAAAGUUCCAGUUUAUUGAUGGCUCAGAAUGCUCCAACCUGCUGCCGAAUGCUCAUGAGAUAGUCUUCAGCAGUGGCGGGGUGGACACUGGGGAGAACAGCUGCAUGACCUGGUGCUACUCACACCCCAGGGUCAUCACUGCCAUGCAUCUGAUCCCUGUCCCGUUUUACCUGUCAGCCAGUUCUCAGUCCUUGGAGAGUAGUAGCCACGAGGAGACAAGCACAGUUCCAUGUGUCCUUCAGUACUGGGAUGAGAUGAAUGAAAGAUUUAAUGAUCUCAUCAGGUUCAGUCUGUCAGAGAACGAGCCAGUCACAGUGGACUUGCCAGACCCCAGGCGUGCCAACAAGUCUAUGUGCAUUAGUGCCAGGAUGUGGCGGGUUGUUCUGCUUCAGUUCACACAAGGGGAGGAAGAAGGUUUGACAAAGAAGUCAGAUGCUGCUGUGCUUCCUGCUUCCCUGGCUGCAUGCAUGUGUGUAGAUUCUGCUUUUCUACCUUCCAUCAUUCCAACUCUUCAAGUGACCAUGUCUAUACCAGCAACCUAUCUUCAGCUCUGUCAUCACUUGGACUACAAUGGCUCAGAUACACCUGGUAAGUUGUCUCUGUACUCCAUGUCACCUGACCUAGCUGAGCAACAGGUGUUUGCAGUUUUAAAAAUUGACAAACUGACAGGGACAUCAUCAUAUGUAACUGGAGUAGAAGCUGAAAUUAAAAUGAAGGUGUCUUUUGUAACCAGCCUGGAUGUGCUGGAGUAUGGAUACCUUAAAAUGGACACUGUCAUAACUCCUGCUGCUCUGUCAUUGUCACUGGAUAUCAAUAACACCACCAGCAAGAAACAAGAAAUCAACUGCUUCCUUCUGUGUGACAAGUUCAGAGUUGAAAUAGGCAAGAGUACUGUGCACACACUCAACAUGGCGGUCUUGUCCUGGUCCUCUUUUAACCCUCAGGGUUCUGGUUCUCACUUGAUCUUCAGUCACUACAUUGUAUGCAACAAUACAGCAUCAGCUUUAAGGUUUGGACAGGCAGGUACAGACGAAAAUAUUUUAUUGUAUUCAAGAGAGAUGUAUGGCUACAGCUGGAGGUCUUGUACAGUGCCGCAGAUGUUGCACCUGUGUAUGGACAAACCAGCCUGGAAGUGGACAGAGCCAUUCUCUGUGGACAAAGAGGGAUCGUCAGUUCACAGUGUUACAGCCAGGGAACAAAGCUAUGUUGUCAUUAUCAAAGUGACAAAACUUUCUAAUCUUCAGACUCAGAUUACUGUAUGUGGACAGCUUGUUGUCUGCAAUCGACUGUCCCAGCCAAUCAGCAUGAGGGUUAGUCUAGGGGCUAACUCCUCUAAAUCCAAGCCUUCAGGACAAAGUCAAAUCCAACACUAUGUGAUAGAGCCAGGUGAACACCUCCCAGCCCUCACCUCCAAUGAGGUCAUGGUCAACCCUGUACAGUUCAGGUUGGCAGGCUUCUCAACUUCUUGGUCGCAUGAAAUUUUCCUCAGUGGUGAGAGGAUGAAGGACAAUCAAAUGGUCAAGAUUCCAUUGCCAGAUAGCAGUGCUUACUUCCAUGUGCUGUGUCGAGUGUUCUGUCAACAUUUUUAUGGCAUGCCUCAGAAACUGACUGCCACGGCUAGGAUGAUAAUGCUGACACCCCUGUAUGUAGUACGAACUCACCUGCCUUGCCCAUUGUACAUUCACUUAAACUCUCCCAAGCACACUCAAGAGAUGAAGGUGUAUAGCCAAGGAAGGGAAUUUCAGCUCCACUGCACUGGAGGGGAUGUAACUCAUGAAAUGGCUUUCAGACUUGGCAAUGACAUGAUGCUAUCAGACCCAGCCAUUAAGCUGUCCACUGGUUUGAUAAGCCAGCUGACUCGUUCACAGUUGGCGAGUGUGGACAUUGAGAAAAUAUGUGAGCAGAGAAUGGACACCAUUCACAGCAGCUGGCCUUACUUGACAGAGGAGUCAGAUAACAUUGACAUUGACACUAUGACUCAAAGAUUUCGCCUUGACCAAUCACGCUUGGCUUCCAAUGCUACUUUUGAGGAAAACUUGGAACCACAACCCAGCAUUGAUCUGAACAUUCGGCUUUCUGAGUACAUUCCAGGCUGCGAUACCUUGCUGGUUGAAGUGACUCCGGUCUUCCUGGUCCACAAUGACACUGACCUAGAUAUUGUCAUUGCUGGCACUGAGGAUAGAAUGUGGUGCAUAAAGUCUGGGCACACCAUGGCUCCCCCUCUUCAAAAAGACAAGUUUAAACUGGCCAUCAAGUAUCAAGACAUGGUUUCUGAACAGAAAGUUAUCACCAUGUCUAAUGAGAGUCAAGACUACCGCAGAUACAAUGAUGAAAUUGGUAAAGUGUUGUUUGUGGAUGGCUACGUUCAUGCUUCAUUUCAAAUAAUGUUUCAAGACACACAGCGCUGUGAGAUGAUUUUUAUCACACUGACAUCUGACAUCAAACAUGACAUUAGGGUCAUUUGUGUACGUGAACGCUUUGCCUUGUCCAAUCAGACUGGCAUGAGCCUGAAGGUCAAGCUGCUGGCCCUGCCCCUGAACCCAAACCCCAUCAGCAUGUCGGAGACUGAAGCAGUUACAGUUGUCUCCCAUGGCAAGACUAAAGAUGCAGCUGAGAAUGAUGCAGAGAAUGGCCCCAGUUGUGGAAGCUCAAGCUCUGGUUCCUCACAUGUGCCACACCCCUUGUUGCAGUGGACCACCGCAGUGUCCAGAUCUGAAGACAGUAAUGAUCAUAUCAGUGGGUCAGAAGAACAGGAAAAAACAUUUGUUUGUUAUGUGUCCUUUUCUGCUGUGGACAAAGAUGUUGGCAGUUCUUCAAAACCUUGGGUUUGGAGCUCUCCGGUGAGGUUGGUUUCUUCCAAGGAUGGUCACAAGGCCACUACCAGCAUUCCAGAUGUCUAUAGACACCCAGACCAGAGUGGUGCAGAGGAAUGGACCCCUGUCACCCAUGCUGUGUGUGUGGUCACCCAACUGGUGAAUGGUGUCACCUAUGUGGUUGUUAACAAUGACCACAGUCCAGCAUGUGUAGUUGAGAACUUGUGUCCAUUUGGCCUAGAGUUCGGACAGAUGUGUGACAAACUUAUUGGAAAUGGGGCAGUUAUUCAAGAGCAGGUUGAGCUAGUCAGUGAUCUCCCCUGGCUGCCCCCAGGAGGAUGGGCUCACUAUACACCACCUGUUGUCAACUCUGACUUCUUGACAAGGGAGUCUAUUGUUAUCCCAAAACUUCACUUUAGAGCCAUCGAUGUUCAUCUGCAUGGAUUACCUACCAUUGGUCCUUCUGAUUGGAGCAGUGCUACGCAAAUAACUGGCAAUAUGGAUGCUUUUGUCCGCCUUCCUGGAUUCUGUGAUCUAAAGGUCAUGAUCCAGCACAUUGGAAUGGUCACCCAUCUGAUUGUGCGACCGGUCAGUAAGGCAGAGAUCACUGCCAAAGAAAUUAGAAGUCGAAUCAAAGACCAAAGUGAUGUGCAACAACCUAAGUCAAAGCCAAGCAAGAUGAAAAAGACAGGAGGAACUUAUUCUGUUGAAGUGACCUCCAUGGCUACAGAACUUUCAAAAGAUGCUCCAUCUAUGUUUAAACUUUCAAAUCUCUAUACAUUCAAAAAAUUUUCUGAAAAGUGCAAUAUGCACAAAGGUCCUCAAAUUAGCCUCAGCCUGGGCCUUCUCUGCAGAUCCCUAACACUCGUCAUUCAAGAUGAGCUGAAUGAGGACUCACUCUCAGAACUUAUGUGCCUGCAUUUAAAUGACUUUUUCUUUGCCUGCUACUCUGAUGCCAUAAACUUUGAUGACAGUGGCACUAAGACAAGCUACAUCGCUAGUGCUGGUUCACUUCAAAUGGACAACCAGCAAUAUGGAGCUGGGGCAUAUGACUUUCCAGUGACAUUCCUUCCCCAGAAACAAAAGGACUCGGAGGUGAAAAGCUCAGAACCCUUGGACAUGGGUGAAGUCAGGUCUAUGCAGGAGUUGCAUGCCUUGUUGAAAUGUGAUUCAUUUUUACAGUUCCAGCUUGUGACAUUUUCUGAUUCAACGUGGAAGCAGUCUGUGAUUGAGUCUGUAGACAUUCUUAUGAAACCUUUCUCCUUGUAUAUAGAUGACACUUUUGUGUAUCGGCUAGUUGAAGAGCUAGAGAACUUUGCUCCUAGUAAACUAGGAGGUUCUUUUAGAGAAGCUCUCUCUCAGAAAGCCUUACACAGGAAGCUCCCCAAUGUUGUCAGACUCAACAGCUACACAUUGUGCCAUCCAAUCAGAAUCAAGCAACUGACACUUCAGCCUAUCAAAAUGCUUCUCAGCGUGCACGCCUCCUUAAAGUUAUUUUUAGCCUCUGACCACACUCCACUGAAUGUUGGGAAGUUUGAGAGAUCCAAUGUGUACUCCACCUUGCCUAGACUUAGCCAUGUUUUAACUAUGCACUAUGCUUCUGCAGCUAUAUUUAGAGCAGGUAUUGUGGUUGGUUCACUAGAGAUACUGGGCAACCCAACUGGACUGGUCAGAAGUAUAGGAACUGGUGUCUCAGACUUAGUGACUCUGCCUUACUCCGGCCUGACUCGUGGACCUGGGGCUUUCUUGACUGGACUAUCCAGAGGGAUAGGAAGCCUGGUCAGAAAUGUCUCUGCUGGUAUGAUUACAUCUGUGACCAACUUUGCCUCCAGUGUUUCCAGGAACAUGGAUCGCCUCUCCUUUGACACGUCUCAUCUGGCAAGGCAGGAAGAGAACCGUAGGAACAGGCCAGUGGGGGUAUCAGAUGGACUUAAGCAAGGGCUGACUGGUUUUGGACUUAGCCUACUGGGUGCUGUGGCUGGCCUGGCUGACCAACCCAUUCAGACUCUUCUUUCCACUGGAUCUCCUGAUGAUAGGAGAUCAUCAGCAUCAUCAGCCGCUACUGGCUUUGUGGCAGGCAUGAGCAAGGGCUUGGUGGGGGUGUUUACUAAACCUAUCGGAGGGGCGGCAGAGUUUGUCUCUCAGACUGGUCAGGGUAUACUUCAUGGUACUGGACUUGGCCAGUUGCCAACAAGACUAGAGAAGCCAAAUGUCAGAAAAAGACUAGACUUACCUGAUGGGCCUUUUAAAUAUUUGGUGAAAAACUUUUCACAGCUUCCAACUCCAGAGCUUCUUUUGGUCGCUCCUGCUGUGACUUUUGAUCUCAUGGAAGCAGAGGUGAAGGUUGUGCUGCUUCUGACCCCUGAUGUUCUUGUGGUGGUGAACUGCGACGAGGAUGCCCAGCUGCAGGCGCUAUCCAUUUCAGAGUUGGACUGCAAGGUGGAUUUUGUGGAGUCUGGUGGUCGGCUGGUGUUGCAGUGGGUGGACCAGGUCUAUAGAAGUUCAGCUUUGGAGCAGACUCGAACAUCUACCAAGGAUAGGGUGGCUGCCUUCAUUGACACCCAGAAAAUCUCAGACCUGCCCACAGAUGGUCCCCAUGUCACACUAGAACAUUUGGAUCUCAAGACACAGUCUGAGGAGCAAGACUUGACCAUGCCAGGCCACAUCGUUGCCACAGUCCCAAGUUCGAGCAGCCUUACAGACACCAAGAUCCCUGGACUUCACCCAGCCUCCAUCUCACCCCAGUACGAGUUUGAACUUGAACCCUAUUGGUUGGAUUUGUUUGUGACUUUGUUCAGGCUGGCUAAAAAUAGACUUCAGGGAAAAGGUUUCCCAGUUUAGAAUCUAAAUUUACAACUGCUCAUGGAGUCUGUCACCCAACAACAAAAUCAGGUUUUGUUUUUUAAAAAAAAUAAUUUUUUUCUUAGACUGUGAAAUAUGUUUAAUGUUAGAGAAAGCAAAGUAAUUUACAAAAAGAAGAUCAGUAUUAAUUUAAUUACUUGAGUGCAAGGUAAUUUGAGCUCACAGUGGUUUUUAUUUAUUUCUGUCCUGACAAGCAUCUGGUGUAGCCUAUUAUCUGGUUGCUUUUGCGUACAUGACCUAUAUAAUUGUUAGUUCGAAUGUUCCACAUACAGACUUGUUCAUUCCAUUUAACCAGCUUGUUAAUAAUCACUUUAUUCAUCUCCAUUUACACUUUUAUUGCUUUUAAAACUAAUGAAAGUAACUUCUUAAUAUAAACCUUGCAACUAACAUGUUAUAUAUACAAACCUAAAUAUUAUGUUCACAUUAUUAUGUUACUUUUUAUUCACAAUUGUUUAAAAAAAUUUGUGUCUAUUACACCUUGUAUUUGUUAUAUGAUUAUGUGUUUGUGAUAUUAAAAGUGUUUGAAUAGUUCUAUUAAAUGUUUCCCUUGAUGCAGCAGUGUACAGAACAUUAACAAAAAUAGCCAGCAACUCAAUACGUAACUCUUUCAGGAAUAACUUGUCAAGUCUACAACUACAAUUGAUACAUUUUGAAAAGCUCAAUGUAAAGAAGAUUGUUAAAAUGAUUUUUGAUUGCAGGGAUAUUAUAAGGUUUGACAAGGUGUUAUACAAUUGUUUACAUUCCCUUAUUACUGCAUGCAUACUUUAAUUGAGGUUGUGUUGAAUAGAUCAAACAAGUUUUUAUGUUUUAGUCUCCCACUAAGUCCUUUCCCAUAUUGGACACUUGAGUAGCAUUCUGAUGAUGAUAGGACACUUUUAAUUGUAACAACACAUUGAACUAUUCAUGAAUGUUUACUCAGAAGCAUGUCUAUCUAAUGUUUAUAAAUUAUGAUUGUCAUAUUAUUGUUACUACCAUGUGGGCCCCCAUGUUGAUCUUUUCUGAUGCAUUAAGUAUAGACUGGGUUGCCUGAACUAGCCAAGAAAUUAUUGAAUUCAUGCGAUUCAAAUAUCUGAAAGACAAACUAGUGAUUACUGAAAAAGAAAAUGUCUGUAAAUAUGAUUUUAUUCCUUUAAAUUAAUAUAUUUCCAUCCAUCUCAAUGGAGAAAUUCUGAAUGUAUUUUGACAUGUGGCUGCAACAUUCUGAGGCUUUCUUUCUAUAUUUGUUAACUUACAGAUUUUGUGGUAAGCUUUUAUAUGUUUGAUACAAUUUUGUUUUGCCUGCCUUUGGGUCCACUGCCAAGGUAGAAUUUCCCAUUUCCUUCUGCAUGCUUUUAAUCUAUUAGUCUACAUUUUGUUUUGAUCAUUUUCUGAUUUGCAACAUGUUCAAGAUGUUUGUGUUCUUGUUCUGCAGAUGUUCUUGAGCAGUUACUUUCCUUCAUUCAUUUAGUUUUUUAGUUUACAUAUGAGCUUAAUCAUUUAAAGGUUUAGAGUAAAAAAAAAAAGUUAAGUUCCGACCUUGGGACCUAAAGAGGAAACAAAAAUUCAAAGUAAAAGAACUUGCAAGUUAUUAACUUAUUGAGUAUAUGGGUUGACUUUAAAAGUUUAUUCACUGCAUUCAUUCUUGAAAUAAUUGCUGUGUCUGCUUCUGAUUUAUAAUUAGAUUUCAAAUACAACAUACAAAAUAAUCUGAUGUAAGAAACACAUUUUUACUGGAUUAGUUAUUGGGGGGCUUAUAACAGAUACACAUUCUUGAUAAUGUAUUAUUAAAUUCCAUGUUGUGCUUCUUUGGAAAUUUUUUUUUUUUUUUUACUAUUGUUUUGUUCCAAUAUAGGUGUGGAUACAUUUGUAAAUGUUAUUUUAUAGUAGUUAAAAAAAAUAAUUUUCAUUGUAAAGGAAGCAUAAUAUCAUUGUAUCACUGUAAUUUUUUUUUCUUGAUAAAGAAGAGAAAAAAACAAACAUUUGUUUCACAUAUGAGAAAAAUUAAGCAUUUGGGUUGGAUAAACUUUCUUUGCAAACAAAAUUAAAUGAAAAAACAAAUAUUGUGAGAUAGUGUUACCUUUUUUUUUCCAUUGAUUUAUCUUAUAAGAUAAGUUAUAAAGUAUAUCUAAUGUCCACCUGCACAAUUAGAAAGUCAAAGGUAAUAACUUGAUAAAUGGUUGGCAUCUACAGUUGUAGGUGUAUACAAUUUAUAUCUUUCAACUGACUACUAAAAAGAAUUAUUUUCUUUUCAAUUUGCUUUAAAAUUGAGAAUGAGGGGGUAAAGCAUGAAAGAUUCUGUCCCUGCAGAUAAAAUAAAAAAAAAACAAACUUACAGUAUUUUCUAAUUCUUCACAACUGUCUCUAAGUUCCUUCCACAGUUAUAACAAUAAUGUAAAUAUAAAUUUGUAUUUAUUAUAUGAGAAAAACAUAUAUAUCAAUAAUGUCAAUGUUCAUUUAUUUUGUUUUUUAUUUAUUAUGGGGUGCUUGUAUAAUUUGGAAAAAAAUUAAAAACAUACUUUAUUUAAAAA